GUAGGAUCUAGAAGGUGGGGGUAGCACGGAGGAGACAUUUUCCUGUCCUGAACCGACGACCGUCCGCUGAAAACAACUUCAGUUUUUACAGUAGCAGCCAGUUUUCUCAUUGUUUGGAGGCCGACGCCCAUCUCACGACCCAGAAACCAUGGCAGAUGAAGCGGACAUGCGCAAUGAGCUGGAAAACCUGCAGACGAAGGCGGACCAGAUAGCUGAUGAGGGUGAACGUGUGGCAUCUGAGUCGCUGGAGAGCACUCGGCGCAUGCUGGCCAUGGUGGAGGAGAGUAAAGAUGCCGGUAUCAGGACUCUGGUUAUGCUGGAUGAGCAGGGAGAGCAACUGGAUCGGUUUGAAGAUGGCAUGAACAAGGUCAACCAAGACUUGAAGGAGGCCGAGAAAGAUAUGAAGGGUUUAGGGCAAUGCUGUGUCCAGUUAUGUCCAUGUGUUGCCAAGAUAAAGGGUGGGGGCCAGGCGUGGGGGGCCAACCAGGAUGGAGUGGUGAACAGUCAGCCAGGGGCCCGUGUGGUGGACGAACGUGAACAGAUGGCCAUCAGUGGAGGCUUCAUCCGCAGGGUAACAGACGACGCCCGGGAGAAUGAGAUGGAUGAGAACCUGGAGCAGGUGGGUGGGAUCAUCGGUAACUUGCGUCACAUGGCCCUGGACAUGGGCAACGAGAUCGACACCCAGAACCGCCAGAUCGACAGGAUCAUGGACAAGGCUGAUUCCAACAAGACCAGGAUUGAUGAAGCCAACCAGCGUGCCACAAAGAUGUUGGGCUAAGCUGCAGCGACAAGUGCUUUAAACCCCCGACCCCAAAACCCCCAUCACCAUCCCUGCACCCCUCUCAAGCAUGUCACGGGACGGUGCAAACAUGCUUUUAUCAUGGUACUUUUGCUGCGUUCAUAACCAAGUGGGAAGUUGGUAUUUACCACAUACGACAGGAAAAAAUCCGCUUGAACGCCUCUCCAACUGGGAAACACGUCUAUCAUCCUGAGCUCCCACUACUCCCACAUGGUGACCUCUGACCCCACCUACAAAGGAAAUUACCUUGAUAACAGCAUUUUCGGCAGUUAAAUGUAACAAAACAUUAUUUAUAAAAAGCUAUAUAUUAAUAUGGUUUUUGAACACAAUCAUUUGUUUACCAGCAUGAUGGCUGUACUUUUAGUUUAUGGUUAAAGCAGCUUGUUGGCCAUUAGCCAAUCUGCGUUUCUCAACGUGGUCAAUGCAUGUGAAUGCAUCCAACUAGUAUUUACGACUUCACAACUGGUAAUUACCAUCUUCCCACUUGGUAAUUACUACCUUCUCACUUGGUAAUUACUACCUUCCUACUUGGUUAUGAAUGUAGCAUUACUCAGUAGGUUUGCACACAUGCACAUAUCAGACCCCCCCCACCUCUCCUCUUCCUCCUUCUCCUCUUCUUCCUGUUGUAAAUGUUGUUCUGUGUCGUCGGCCUUUGGCUUUUAUUUAAAUGAUAGUUAUGGUUAAUCGUCUCGUCCUCUACCCUCUGUUCUCUCUCCUCCUAAAGUUGUUCCUCUACCCUCCAUUCUGUCUCUCCUC